AAUGCACCCUCCCCGCUCAGUUUCAGAAACAGUGGUCGAGAUGCAGGCGUCGUUGCUUCGUCACUACCCAUAUUUAUGGCUACAUGGACAUACUGGGCUAAAUGGGCAUCAUCCACAUAGACUGAACAACUUCAUCUCGCAACAUCUUGUCGUUCAUCCGGGCUAUUUGCUCCGGGGUGAUCGCAAGUAGGAUGCCUACA